AUGACUAUCGAGGAGAUGUCGAUUCCCGGCCCGAAGAGCGGUUCAAAACUUGCAUUAAUUAGAGGCCAACGAAGUGUCAUAUCUAGAGAUUUUGCCGCUUAUAGAUCGGCUUUGGAGAGACACCACUACACCAUCGACGCCCCCAAUUGGCUCCGAUCUAAACGCAGAGCAUCCACACAAACCGCACACAAUAUGACCGAUUGGCUCAUCUUAUUUUGCUUGGCGUUCACCGAUGGAGACGACGGCUUUUGUCUUCAACGCAAAGACAUUCAAUCAUUAAAACCCUAUCAGAAAGUGAAUAGAAUUCCCGGAUUACGGAACCUAUUGUGGAAAAGAGACACGUUUUGCUCCACAAUGACUGAGGCCAGGAAAGUGCACCUUAUAAUGAAGAAUCCGGUGACUCCUCUGUGUUUUCUUAUGCCAAACCAAUUCCAACAGUUCGUCGAUGUGGCGGAAGCACUGGGCUAUUCAGCCGAAUGGCUGUUAAAGCCCAUAAGCAUCGGCGGACACACACCGGGAAACGGUCCGCAAAUGAUUAACAUAUUCACUAAUGAGGGAAGGGAUCGACUCCGAGAGUACAACAUAAAGAGGGCUGUAAUCCAGCAAUACGUGGCCAAUCCAUUGCACAUAUUUGGACAACCCGUCAAUUUGCGACUCUAUGUUAUCGUCACAUCUAUGGCACCGCUCAGGGCUUACGUCCACAGCGAGGGUCUAGUGUUUCAUCGAUACGAACAAAAUAAAAAUUUCAAAAAGAUUCCGGGCCGAACAUGGAUUCUGAGCCAAUUCUGGCCGUUUAUAUCGAAAAAUUUCGGAACCGAUAAAAUGAAAAAAGCAAUUAAUAGUAUAUAUCGAGCGAUUCUGCAGACAUUAUUGAUAGCGGAGGCGAUGCUUAUAACACAACAACAACAGCACUCGAGAAUGCAUUCAAAUAACAUUAAUUCCGAGCGACUAUUGUAUGCGAAAUGCAAUUCUUGUUUCCAUUUAAUGGCUUUCGAUAUGAUACUGAACUCCAGUUUAGAGCCAUUUAUCAUAGAAGUGAACGGACAGCCAAAUAUGCAGGAGUCACGGAAGGACGAGUCGCCCCUCUCUGGUCGGGUGAAGAAGCUGGUCCUCGACGACGUGAUCGAUAUGAUAAGUGCCACGGAUUCGGUGGCCAACGACGUGGCCGAGUCUCUCGACGAAGUGAUCGACGACAACAUCGGCGUAAUGGGCAUCAGUUGUCACAUAUCGCACGACCUGUGCUUAAGUCGAGACGAUUUGAGUUAUUUAUUGAACGCCAGACGAGAGUCGCUCAAUAAGGGCUCGUUUAAGAGCUUAUAUCCGGCGCUCGGAAUCGAUACUUACAAACAGCUAAUCGACGAAUUGAGUCAAUUGAUUGUCGCCCAAAGUGUGGGCCAAACGGCCGCUAACGAGAUGUCAGUGCAUAAGACGGCAGAUCUUCAUCCGCUUCUCAUGUCAUUAGAGCGCUAUUAUUACCGACACAUUAUCGAUGAAGACUAUGGCGACAGCGCCGGCACCGGCGACCACUCAAAUCACAAUCAAAUGGUUAGCUUUCAUAACAGUUCCGUCUAUUUAAACGAUAAAAACAACCCAUUCGUCGACUCAUUGUCGUCGUCCACAGUGAAUGGCUGUUCCGAUGAGCCCUCAACACUGCCUUAUUUAGCGUCUAUUGAAUUGAGUCCUACAUUGCAAUUAAUGCCUCCAUUCUCGCCGCUUAUCACACAAUAUCAUUGCAACGCCUCAUAUGAACAGCUUAUGGUCACCGUUUGGGCCAAAGCGCAGAACUGUCAGACAGAGGUGAGGCUCGAGGAUAAGUUCGGUCCAUCGAGACAGACAAAUUAUACCCUCGGAAUUGGGGUCAACAAGAUAUCGCUGGUUGUGGUCGAUAUAUCACACACCGAGCCGUGGGACUGUGAUAUGAGAGUCUAUCCCCGGAAUCGGUGCGGACUCAGCGAACAAAACGAUUACACCGAUUGGCGGGCCUAUCAAUACCGACAAUCGUUGACCACAAAGUGCAAAACGGGUGCCGAGAGUGGCCAAUGGGCGGUGCCGUGCGGUGAUUGUGGCAACUCUACCACGUGCUACUGGCGUGAGGCCCGAUGGGACCCAAUUCGGUGCCAUUACCCCCGACUAUCGCAAAAGAGGCUCUCCUCGUGUCUCACCAACAAAAAGGUUGCCGUAAAUAUGAUGGGUCGGACUCCGAUGGGUGCGAUAUUAUUCGUCGGCGACUCAACCAAUAGAGGAAUUAUGCAUUACAUGAUUGAGAGACUGAACGGAACUCUUAUCGAUUGGGAUAAGACACACGACCUGAAAAUCUAUCCCAAUAUGAAUAAGAGGAAAACUGUUGUCAGUUUUGCCUAUUAUCCCAAGUUUUGGUUACCAACAAAUCAAAGGCCGUCUUUCGAUCGGGCAGUCUAUCAACUCUUUGAAAAAGUACAGCCGUUGGAAAAUAACUCAAAUACUGUAUUAAUCUUCGGCGGCGUUCAAUGGCUGGCGACACAACACAUCCAUAUGUUGCUCAAGACGUUAGCAAAUUUGAAACUCCAAGGAAUCAAACUCGUGAUGAAGACAUUGGGCGCCGGUUUUCAUCAACACAUCGAAGGCGUUCACUGCCUUUCUUUAAAAGAGCAGCAAAAGUUAGCCCUCCAUAACAGCGAACUAAUCUCAUAUGCCUUGAAGUUAGGCAUAGAAGUGGUCGACACUUACAAUAUAACGAUUGCCAAAUUCAAAGACUUUAUGCCAGGAAAAUGUGCUUGCCACUUUCAUCAGAUUACUGAUAUGAGUCCCAAUGAUAUAAACUCUGGUCAAAGCCAACCGCACACCACAUAUCGAGUGGAAGGACUGAUUAAUGCCAUCUAUACUAAUGUUGUCAUCUCUAGGAUAUGCGAGAACUUCGAGGACGAGACCGACUAUCGAUGACACCUCUCUUUCUCUGUAUAUAUCUCUUUUCGCUAAAUAAUUAUUGUAUAACUUUAUGCCAAAAAUCAAUCAAAUAAUUCUGUGAUCUUCUUAUUUAUGAGAC